GAAAAUAAAAACUUGGAGAAAAGAAAACACAUGCGCUGUUUUAAACGCAAGUAGACUUUUACGUGAUUCAGCAGAGCAGAUCAAUUAACCAUACACUUACAAGGAGCUAAAGAUGGCAGAUGGUUUUGACGACGACUUGUUUAAUGUGUUUGAUGAUGCGGAAGUCAAACAACAACAAACUACAUCAAAAGGGAGCGGAAAGUCGGACAUCACAAGAACAGAGGAACUUCUACAGAGCAUUGUUAGUAACAAACGAGCUGCUGAGGAGAAUGACGAUGAAGAUCAUCAGUCAAAGAAACAGAAGGCGGAGGACACAUUACAAACUGAAGUCAUGUCCAGAAUCCAGGUUCACAGAGUGGAAACGGCCGAGGCCUGCUUACACGAGGUGGCCAUACCUCCUGAGACGGAGUUUGUUCCCAUGAAGCCAAUGGCGGAGAAGCCAGCUAAGGAGUAUCCAUUUAUCCUCGAUCCCUUCCAGAAAGAGGCUCUCUUGUGUUUGGAGAACAGUCAGUCGGUUUUAGUGUCUGCCCACACAUCUGCUGGGAAAACUGUUGUGGCUGUUUAUGCUAUUGCGAUGUCUCUCCGUGACAAACAACGAGUGAUCUACACGUCCCCCAUUAAAGCCCUCAGUAACCAGAAGUACCGCGAGCUGUACGAAGAAUUCCAGGAUGUUGGGCUGAUGACAGGCGAUGUAACGAUUAAUCCCACCGCCAGCUGUCUCGUCAUGACAACAGAGAUUUUGAGGAGCAUGCUGUACAGAGGAUCAGAGAUAAUGAGAGAAGUGGGUUGGGUUAUAUUUGAUGAGAUUCACUACAUGAGGGACAAAGAGAGAGGCGUGGUUUGGGAAGAGACCAUCAUCUUACUUCCGGAUAACGUCCAUUAUGUUUUCCUGUCGGCCACCAUACCUAAUGCCAGACAGUUUGCUGAAUGGAUCUGCCAUCUGCACAAACAGCCAUGUCAUGUGGUAUAUACUGACUAUCGACCCACGCCACUUCAACAUUACAUUUUCCCUGCUGGAAGCGAUGGUAUACAUCUGGUGGUCGACGAAAACGGUGAAUUCAGGGAGGAGAAUUUCGGCAAAGCCAUGUCCGUUUUACGUGAUGCGGGCGAGGCUGCCAAGGGUGAUACAAGAGGACGCCGAGGGGGGUUUAAAGGUUCGGAAUCGAACUGUUUUAAGAUAGUGAAGAUGAUCAUGGAGCGGAACUUUGCCCCGGUGAUCGUGUUCAGCUUCAGCAAGAAAGACUGUGAAGCCUACGCACUUCAGAUGUCUCGACUGGACUUCAACUCAGAGGAGGAGAAGGCUCUGGUGGACGAGGUGUUCAAUAACGCCAUAGACAACCUGUCAGAGGAGGACAAAAAACUGCCUCAGAUUGAACACGUUUUACCGUUACUGAGGAAAGGCAUUGGGAUACAUCACUCUGGAUUGCUACCACUGUUAAAAGAAACCAUUGAAAUUCUGUUUUCUGAAGGACUUAUAAAGGCGCUGUUUGCGACGGAAACAUUUGCUAUGGGACUUAACAUGCCUGCCAGGACAGUCCUGUUCACAGCUGCUCGAAAGUUUGACGGCAAGGACUUUAGAUGGGUGACCUCAGGUGAAUACAUACAAAUGAGUGGGCGGGCCGGUCGUCGAGGGAUUGAUGACCGAGGAAUUGUCAUACUGAUGGUGGACGAGAAGAUGAGCCCCUCUGUCGGAAAACAACUUGUCAAGGGCCAGGCUGACCCGCUGAACUCAGCUUUUCACUUGACCUACAACAUGGUGCUGAAUUUGUUACGAGUGGAAGAGAUAAACCCGGAAUACAUGUUAGAGCGGUCCUUCUAUCAGUUCCAGAACUACUCGUCCAUACCAGAUCUAUGUCAGAAAUUGAAAGAUAUGGAGGAAGAUUACAAUAAGUUAUCGGUAGAGAGUGAGGACAGUGUGGCAUCAUACUACAAAAUCCGUCAACAGCUGGAAAACCUCCAUAAGGACCUCCUGUCUUACAUACAGAAACCGCAGUACAUACUACCGUUCCUCCAGCCCGGCCGAUUAGUACAGGUAAAGAACGGCGAUGAUGAUUUUGGAUGGGGAGCAGUCAUCAACUUCCAGAAGAAAGCCAAUCAGAGUAAAACUUCUCCAGGCUCGGAGUCAUCGUAUGUGGUGGAAGUCUUGCUGAACCUCUCACGAGAAACGGCACGCUGUAAAGAUGUGAAGACAAUCAAACCCUGUCGUAAAGGAGACCGGGGAGAAAUGCAGGUUGUUCCAGUGCUCGUUCAUUUGAUUCAGGGCGUCAGUGCAGCCAGGUUAUACAUACCCAGUGAUCUAAGGUCAUUGGACAGCAGGCAGAGUGUGCAGAAAUCAAUACAGGAAGUAGAGAAGCGGUUCCCUGAUGGUGUGCCGUUGUUAGACCCGAUAGAAGACAUGGGGAUCAAAGAAAAGGCUCUCAAGGAUGUUGUCAAGAAAAUAGAAGCAUUUGAACACAGAAUGUACUCCCAUCCUCUUCAUAAAGAUAAAAAUCUGGAAGAUCUGUACAAGCAAUACCAAAACAAAGCAAAGGUUGGAAAUGAUAUCAGGGCACUAAAAACAGAACUGAAGAAGAAGAAAUCCCUGCUGCAGAUGGACGAGUUAAAAUGUCGUAAGCGAGUGCUAAGAAGGCUGGGAUACUGUACGGCAUCGGACGUCAUUGAACUGAAGGGGAGAGUGGCCUGCGAGAUCAGCAGUGGAGAUGAGCUGCUUCUAACGGAACUAUUAUUUAAUGGUGUGUUUAACGACCUGACCUAUCAGCAGUGCUGUGCCCUGGUGUCGUGUUUUGUCUUCCAGGAGAACGCUGGCUCUGAAAAUCCCAAACUGACAGAGGAACUCUCGGGACCACUCCGAAUCAUGCAGGACACAGCUCGGAGAAUAGCGAGAGUUAGCAUCGAGGCCAAACUGGAAAUGAACGAGGAGGAUUACGUCACAGCGUUUAAGCCCCACAUGAUGGACGUCGUCCACGCCUGGUGUAAUGGAGUGUCGUUCGCACAGAUCUGUAAAAUGACCGACAUAUUCGAAGGGAGCAUCAUCAGAUGUAUGAGGCGACUUGAGGAGACUCUCCGACAAAUCAUGCAGGCAGCAAAAGCCAUCGGAAACUCGGAACUCGAAAACAAAUUCGCUGAAGGGAUAAGAAGUAUUAAGAGAGACAUUGUAUUUGCUGCCAGUUUGUACUUAUAGUGACAAACAACAAAUCAACAUUCGUCAUGGAAGCCUGAAGUCGAGAACCGGGAACCAGUUUUCGUCCAGUAAUCCAUCAUUUGGUUUAACCAGUGAAACAGUCUGAAUUAAAAUCUGGUUAGUCUGGUAACAGACAUGAAGAUUAGUGGACAUUUGACCGAAAGCUAAAGACAUAACAGCUUUAUUUGUUAUGUAUUGUAAUUACAGCGAUGACCUCAUAUCUGUAUCAUGUUGUUUCAUUUUGUGUUAAGACUUCGCCACAUUAAAUUUCAAGUAUAA